AGAGAGACGCGGUUGAGGAUCAGAGACCCUCAGUGAUGCUCAUAUGCAUCUGAAUUUAUAGUGAAUUGUUGUGGGAAUUAAUUCAUGCUCGUUCCUGAUCCACGUGCGCUCUCUUGUAUAACACAUUGGCUGGGAAUAAACUUGCACAUUCCGGUUGUUAUUUAUCAGCCUUUAUCCAUAAGAACAAAGCGGAGCUGGUGGAUCACAGGUUUGAGUGGCAGAAAUGAGGGAGAGGUUCGCGUUUCAUCUUCUCAUCUUCUUGUUGACGCUGUUUUGGCACACCAGGUCAGUGUCUGCAGAUGCCACAACAGAUGCCUUCAAAAAUAACAUCACCCUGUUCACACGUAUCCUGGACCGGCUGCUGGAUGGCUACGACAACCGGCUGAGACCCGGACUGGGAGAUCGAGUUACCACAGUGAAGACCGACAUUUACGUCACCAGUUUUGGCCCUGUUUCAGACACUGACAUGGAGUACACCAUCGAUGUAUUUUUCAGGCAGAGCUGGAAGGAUGAACGGCUGAAGUUUGAGGGACCGAUGAACAUUCUGCGUUUGAACAACCUGAUGGCUAGUAAGAUCUGGACUCCAGACACAUUCUUUCACAAUGGGAAGAAAUCUGUGGCACACAACAUGACCAUGCCCAACAAACUGCUGCGGAUUCAAGAUGACGGCACCCUGCUGUACACCAUGAGGUUGACAGUGCAUGCUGAGUGUCCAAUGCAUCUUGAAGAUUUCCCCAUGGACUUCCACUCCUGUCCUCUCAAAUUUGGCAGCUAUGCUUACACAACGACAGAAGUAACGUACACCUGGACAAAGAACGCAUCCAACUCGGUGGUGGUAGAAGAGGAAAGCUCUAGAUUAAACCAGUAUGACCUACUGGGGCAAACCGUGGGGAACGAAACCAUCAGAUCCAGCACUGGUGAGUACACUGUGAUGACGGCCCACUUCCACCUGAAGAGGAAGAUCGGUUAUUUUGUGAUUCAAACCUACCUGCCAUGCAUCAUGACCGUCAUCCUGUCCCAAGUGUCCUUCUGGCUGAACCGAGAGUCUGUUCCGGCCCGGACUGUUUUUGGUGUGACCACUGUACUGACUAUGACCACUUUGAGUAUCAGCGCCCGUAACUCCCUGCCAAAAGUAGCCUACGCCACAGCCAUGGACUGGUUCAUCGCAGUGUGUUAUGCCUUUGUCUUCUCCGCCCUGAUCGAGUUCGCCACCGUCAACUACUUCACCAAGCGGGGCUGGGCUUGGGAUGGCAAGAGUGUGGUCAAUGACAAGAAGAAGGAGAAAGCUUCAGUCAUCAAGAAGAACAACGCCUAUGCCGUAGCCGUAGCGAACUAUGCCCCCAACAUCACCAAGGACACAGUCCUCCCCACCAUCGCCAAGGGAAGCAUAGCUGAACAGGGUAAGGCCAAAGCUGAUGGGAAACCAGCCGAGGCGAAGAAAACCUUCAACAGUGUGAGUAAAAUCGACCGCAUGUCCCGUAUCAUGUUCCCAGUUCUCUUCGGGACAUUCAACCUGGUAUACUGGGCAACAUAUUUGAACAGAGAACCCGUGAUCAAAGACAUGAUGCCCUCUUAUUAGACGAUGUCCAGGGAUGUGAUGGGAUCCAUUAAGCAGGACUAAAGACUAGGCCAAAACCACCCAGGGACUGAAUAUAAUCACGCUUCGACGCUCUUUCCCAUCUGCUCCACAAAGACGUGUCGUGGAUUGUUGCAAGAUGCCUUUCUAUCUCUCUCUCUCUUUCUGUCAUUCUUUUCUACAGCUUUUUCAGCAGUGCUUUUGAAAUGACAUUUGCCUUUGUAUAUAUGUAUGUAGUGAAAAUGACAUGUAAUGUUUAGUUUGACGUGUUUCGCUCUGUGAGAAUCUGACUUUGGACCUCAAUCUGUGAUAUAGAUUAGAAAAUUAUAAUGAUUAAUAUAUUUAUUUAUUUAUUUAUUUAUUUGGUGUAAAAGGUAAACUUUUUGUGAUGUGUUUGUUUUUAAGUAUCCUAUUAAUAUAUAUUUCUUUUUUUCUUUCUUUUUUUUAAUAAGACCAAGCUUUUAUGCUUAUGGUCUGAUAUUUUGUGCUGAGCCCCAAACUUAUAAAAUCAACCGUUUACACACAUCACUGUAUCUUUACUGUAUGUGAUUUUAUUUUCUUCUAUUGAACUGGGAAUGUUCCUUUAACAGCAUUUUGCAAGAUCUGUUUACUGUCAGAUUUUUGACUCUACAUCCCUUUAUAAAGGUCUGUAAUGCAGUAGCUUGUAUCAGGGUUGUGUGAGAAGCUCAUUCAACCUGAACUCUGAAGUUAAGAAGAAAACACAAUUGCAUGCCAUAUUACUUCCAUAAUGUGUCCUUUUUUUAUUAAAAUAGGACACAUUAUGAAAGUAAUAUGGCAUGGUUUACUCUUUUUUUUUUCUUCAGAGCUGGAGCAAUUUGUUAUAUUUUGAUGGAUAAGGAAUUAGGAAUACACAUUAUCUUAAUUGACUUAAAGGAAUUGCUCACCUAAAAAUUUUAAUUUGCUAAAAAUCAACUCAGGUCAUCCAAUAUGUAGAUUACAUUGUUUCUUUAUCAGAACAUAUUUGGUAUUAUUACAUCACUUGCUCAUUAAUGUAUCCUCUGCAUUGAAUGGGUGCCGUCAGAAUGAGAGUCCAAACAUCACAGUAAUCCACAAAUAAUCCACACCACUCCAGUCCAUCAAAUAAUGUCUUAUGAAGUGAAAAGCUUUGCGUUUCCAAGAAACAUAUCCAUCAUUAAUGUGUUUUAACUUUAAACCAUAACGUUUGGAUUGUUUUUGCUUUUGUAGACUGCAGAUGAGGCAACUUUUUCACUGAAGAAAGUGUAUUAUUUUAAUGAUAGAUU